AUGCCAAGACAAGUCACCAUUGCCAUUAACCCCACCUGGGAUGGAACAGCCAAAAUCAUAGCUUGGUCCGCCAGCAAUUUCCUUCGACCCACUGAUCACAUUCGUCUUGUCACCAUUCUGGUACUCGAUCCUGAGUUGGCUGAUCACGAUUGGUAUGUCGACUCUGCGGUGGAUGAAGGAAGCAUGAAUGAUAUGGAAUCACAGCUUAAAGCCAAGUUUACCGAUGGAUUGGAGCAAAUCAAAAAGGUCCUCAAUGAUGCCGGAUUUGAUGAUGUGGAGGAUUUAGUGCUCGUAUCAGGACCAUCAAGCCCUUGUCAAAUGCUCAUUCAAGAUAUCGAAAACAAUCCACCCGCUUGUCUCAUUAUGGGUAGCCGUGAUCUUUCUCGAUGGAAACGAUUUAUCAUGGGAAGCUUUGUUGAUCAAGUACAAAGUAAAAUCCAUUGCCCAAUCCUCAUUGUCAAGUAG